AUGGGCAUGCGUGGCCCGCCAGGUAUCCCAGGACGGGUGGGCGUGGCCCGCCAGGUGUCCCAGGAAGGUCGGGCGUGGCCAGCCAAGUGUCCUGGGAUAGGUGGGCGUGGCCUGCCAGGUGUCCCGGGACGGGCUGGCGUGGCCCGCCAGGUGUCCCAGGACGGGCGAGCGAGGCCUGCCAGUUGUCCCGGGACGGGCUUGUGUGGCCCGCCAGGUGUCCUGAGACGGGCGGGCCCCCGCCGGUUGUCCCGGGACGGGAGGGCGUGGCCCACCAGGUGUCCUGAGACGGGCAGGCGAGGCCCGUCGGUUGUCCUGGGACGGAAGGGCGUGGCCCGCCAGGUGUCCCGCGACGGGCAGACAAGGCCAGCCGGUUGUCCUGGGACGGGAGGGCGUGGCCCACCAGGUGUCCUGAGACGGGCGGGAGAGGCCCACUUGGUGUCCCGGGACGGGAGGGUGUGGCCCGCCAGGUGUCCCGGGAUGGGCAGGUGA